AAUUAUUUUGUGUAAGGCUCGCAGAGUAUUAAGACGUCCCAGUUGAGUUAUUAAGACUCUGGUGCUUAUUUUACUGUUUUCCUAAUUAUCUUGUAAAAGUUUUCUUUUAUCUAAACAACAAGUUUCUCCUCUAUCGAAAUGCUGCACACUGUCCGAAGCAAUGCUGAUUUUGAUAGGCAAUUGGCAGCCGCUGGCGGUCGUUUGGUGGUGGUCGAAUUUACAGCCAGCUGGUGUGGUCCCUGCAAAAGUAUUGAGCCCAAAGUUAGAGCUUUGUCGCGAAAAUAUCAAGAUCAAGCAUUUGUGCUAAAAGUGGACGUGGACAAGUGCAGCCAUGUGGCACAUGAUUUCCGAGUGUCUUGUAUGCCGACAUUUGUAUUCAUACGAAAUGGCCGUAAGGUUGAUCGUUUUUCGGGAGCUGACGAAAACGAGUUGGAGUACAAAAUGUCCAAAAUGGCAAAGAAGUUAAAAAAGUGAGAAGAAGGAGAGAGAGAUUGGAAACUAGAAAUAAGGAAAUAAUGUAACUGUGUAUCCAGAAUGUUUGUAAUCGUAAUUGUGUAAUUUAAUUUUGUUGAAAUUUUAUUGAACUUGAUGAUGAUGUUGUAAACUUAAAAUAAUGUAAAAUGCAUCUGGUAUGACAUUGAAAAUCUAAGAGAAUUUUGUAACACUAUAGAAGUUAAGUAAUUAUUGAUUAACUGAGAAAUAUAAUAAAACAGACAUUGAGCUACAAAA